AUGGAUGAUAAAAAUUAUCCAGCAAUUGAAAGUCAUGGAGUCAUUGGUAAUAUGUUAACCACUGCGUUGGUCUCCAAUCAGGGUGAAAUGAACUUUAUGUGUUAUCCAUAUUUCGAUUCACCUGCGAUAUUCUGUAAGAUUUUGGAUGCCAACAAGGGUGGAUACUGGAGUAUCAAGCCAUUAGUGUCGGCCUAUAAAUGCAAGCAAAGCUACUGGCCCGAUACUAACGUGCUUCAGACUCGUUUUCUCAUGAAGGAAGGUGUCUGUAGCAUUGUUGAUUACAUGCCAAUUGUAAAUGGUAAAGGAAUGGAAUGGACAGUUAGAAAAGUAAAGGUUAUAAGAGGUAAAGUUGAUUUCGAAAUGAAAUGUUUCCCUACUUUUAAUUUCGCUCGUACUCCUCACACUGCCAAGGCAAAGAGACAUGGUUACUUGUUGAAUGCCAACGGAGUUGAACUCGAGUUACUCUCACACUUUCCGAUGACUUUGAUGCCGAAUGGUGAGAUCAACAGCAAGUUUACAUUGAAGGAGAAUGACAGUGCAAUCUUUGUGUUAAAGGAUCCAAAGGAAGAUGUUGAACUCUUCAGUUUCAGUGAUCACCUUGGAUGUUGUCAACGUGAGGAGUAUCUAUUCCGUUCGACUGUUGACUUUUGGCAAAAGUGGCUUGAAAAAUGUACUUACAAAGGACGUUGGCGUGAGAUGGUAGAACGUUCUGCACUGGUUCUCAAGCUGUUGACAUUCUCUCCGACCGGUGCAAUCGUUGCUUCUCCAACUUGCUCACUCCCAGAGGAUCUUGGUGGUGUUAGAAACUGGGACUAUCGUUUCACUUGGAUUAGAGAUGCUGCUUUCACUGUGUACGGUCUAAUUAGAAUAGGUUUCACCGAGGAAGCUAAAGGAUUCAUGGAGUGGCUAGAGCACAGAUGCAUACAGUCUGACUACAGUGAGUGCGAGAAGAGAGGUGAAAUGCCUUUGAAGAUUAUGUAUAGUAUUCACGGAGAUGAUAGAAUCCCAGAAAUUGAAUUGGAUCAUCUUGAAGGUUAUAAGAAAUCUUCACCAGUUCGUGUUGGUAAUGAUGCAGUUAAUCAAAAACAAUUGGAUAUUUUCGGUGAACUUAUGGAUUCUAUUUAUCUUUCCAAUAAAUAUGGUUCGUUGGUUAGUUACGAAUUUUGGAGUCAUCUUAGAAAGCUUAUCGAUUGGGUUUGCGAUCACUGGAAUGAAACGGACGAAGGAAUUUGGGAGGUUAGAAGUGGUAGACAACACUUUGUUUACUCAAAGAUUAUGUGUUGGGUAGCAAUCGAUCGUGGAUUGCGUCUGGCUGACCGUCGUUCAUUCCCAGCGACACGCGAUAAGUGGAUUCGUAUACGUGAUACCAUCUAUGAAGAUAUUCAAGAGAAGGGUUGGAAUAAGAAAACCGGAGCAUUCUCGCAAUACUAUGGAUCUGACAAUCUCGAUGCCUCCACUCUAAUCAUGUCACUGGUAUUCUUUAUGGCUCCCAACGAUCCACGUAAUAUUCAGACACUCGAAAAGAUCUUGAAGCCACCCGAAGAAGGUGGUUUGGUAUCAAACUCAUUGGUGUUUAGAUACAACACUCAUGAGUCUGAGGAUGGAUUGACAGGAUCCGAAGGUACUUUUAACAUUGCCACCUACUGGAUGAUCGAAGCCCUUACAAGAGCAGGUAAAACUCACCGUGAAUUCUUGGUCAAAGCAAGACUAAUGUUUGACGAAAUGCUUGGUUAUGCCAAUCAUUUAGGUCUAUUUUCUGAAGAGAUUGGUUCAGGUGGUGAGGCUUUAGGUAAUUUCCCACAAGCAUUCACACAUCUCAGUUUGAUUAGUGCUGCAUUCAAUUUGGAUAGAGUAUUAUCAAACAAGCCAACUCAACCAAAUUAA